UAAUGUCAAGAUCUUUUCAUUUUCUAUUUUUCCUCUGAAGUGGCUUGUUUUCAAUUUAAUAUUCAAAUCUAUUUCAUCUUUCAACUAGUAAACCAACUCUUGUUACCUGUGAAGAAAGAGAUUGUUUCGAAAAUGAAAUUCUUAAUCUUAUCUGUUUGCCUUUUUGGAGCUCUAUUUGCCACGAGUCCUCCAAUAGAAUGGACACCGCUCCCUGUUGAUGAUCCAACUGUUAUAACGUUAGCUGACCAAGCCGUUGCUUAUAUCAACGCACAGGACAAUAGUUUGUAUUACAAUAAAUUGAUCCAGAUUAAAGAAGCUAAAUCUAGAGUUGCCGAUAAAGUUGAAUAUGAGCUUAAAUUGGUCAUACGAAUAACUGAUUGUCCCAAGUCUAAACCGUACACUGAUGCUUGUCAAAUCAACCAAGAUGAACCUCCUAAACUAUGCACCAUCGAUGCAUAUGUACGUGCUGGUUCUGAAGAAAACAAGAUCUAUAAGUUCCUCUGUGGUGAAAUUUAAUCUGCGACAAAAAUGAUUUGUCCAAAUUUUCUUGGUACAUGUUCUUGAAUUACAUGAUAUGGAAAAAGCGAAAUUUGCAAUUUAAAAUUAGCAGAUUCAAGACGAAUUCGUAAUCAUUUUCAUUGAGUUGAUCUGAAUAAACUUGUUCUUUGAUAAUUUCAA